GCCGCUGGUAUUGUUUUUAUUCAUUAUCAGUAUUACAAACAAUUUACGUUUUAUAAAUAUAAAGUAUACGUUUAAAAAAGGGUGAAUACAAUGUCCGGGUCUAUGAUCGUGACGACGGCACUGGGAAAGAAACCUGCUCUCAAAGAUUGAGCUCGUCGCUCCGCCAAUACAGCCCGCCGACUCAACCGGCAGCCAUUAUGAAAACAUGCGAUGCCAACCGAUAAGUCUACGCGUCUCCGCAAGCGGCCUCGCGACCUUUUUCAAGCGCUUUCACACAAGCGUGUUUUCUGCUUAGUUAUUCCGAUUUCGAUUCGACUCACAACCUGUGUCGAAGAUGGCCGUAUCAUCAGCGUACAGAGCCAGGAUGGUUGCCAGAAACAGCAUCGUCAUUGAAAACCUUUGGCAGUCGUUACGGGUAGCUAAACACUGGUACUCAGUUGCAUCCGGUUAGACUGGAAACCAUCCCCUACAUAGUUGGGAGGAGGCUAGGCAAAUGAUGACUAUUGUUGAUUUGUGCGAUAAGAAAUGGAAUUUAUUUAUUUCUUCUACCUAAGUAUGAAUCAUCAUCAUCAUCCGAGCCUUUUUCCAAAUCAUGUUGGGGUCUGCUUCCCGUCUAACCGGAUUCAGUUGAGUACCAGUGCUUUGUAACAUCCGAAACACAGCCAAUGGUGCCUAAGAUAUACUUAGAAAGUACAUACAAACUUAGAAAAGUUGCAUUGGUACUUGCCUGACCUGGGAUCGAACCCGCGCCCUCAUACUUGAGAGGUUGGUCCUUUACCCACUAGGCCACCACGACUUUUUGACAUUACCUAAGUAUGAAUACAUUGAAGAAAUCAUUUGGCACGUGCUUUAGGGUUCAUUUUAAAAGGCAGUUUUUUUCAUCUAGAUAUUGUAGCAGUAUUGUGUAAGCUCUCCAUGUGGCCCGUACAUUACUACUUCACACCGUUUGCAUAUGAAAAGGGCUUCAGUAAUAAGUGUUUUUAACAAAUAUGCUUGGCCAUAACUAUAAAACUCUUUACGCCGUCUGUCACAUUACGCCACUUGACAUAUUAGAUAUGUCAGAAAAAUAUUUUUGUACAAAAGACAUUACAACUUCAAAAAUGUAACACUACAUGAUUCUAAUAAAUAUUGUGUGCAAAGCAAUAAUAAAAAAAUAUAUAGAAUAGAUAAUGAAUGAUUGUUGAUGAGGAUUAAAUAACAUUACAUGUAUCUUGAGCUGUUGCUAAUAAGGUUGUUUUCUCUUUUUCACGUCAUCAACCCGUGUAGCAUACGAUGAUCAUGCUUUAAAUGGAUUUUUUUCAAAAAAAUAUACAAAAUGAUUGUACACGAAGAUAAUAAUAAUGAUGCCCCGAUGACUUACAUACACGAAAUGCCAUAAUUUGAUUACGGCAUACUGAUGUACCUAUUCAAAUGCAGCAUUUUCUAUAACCAUACUCAGAGGCUUCACAAUUUAAUCAGAACUCAACGGUGUUAACAAAAUGAAGGAAUUGAAAAGUAUUUACAUUAACAAAAAAAUGCGAAAUGAAUUGAUUCAUUUCAAAGAAAACCAAAACCCCGAACCAUGCCAUGGAAAUGACAACGUCAGCACAAUAGUUAACAAAAUAAAAUUAAACAAAGAAAAUAAAAGAAAAAUGAAUGUACACAAACCACUGCCAACCGUCAUCUACCGCAUGUCAAGUUCUCGGAUAUCGAAAUACAAUAUGCAGGCUGGCAAACAUUUCAGUGCACCCCAAUUCCAUAAAAGAAGAAGAUCCGGUCUAAUAACCAAUAGUUAUGUAGCAAUUCCAAAAAGAAAAAAAUCCUCUAGUUCGAAAAACAUAGUAAAUUUGGUUUUAAAAAUAAUUUUAAGAGAAUUACUCUUGGCUAAAAAACCUUUGCCCGAAGGAAAAACACCGUCGGAAAAAGCCUUAAUUCAGGUAGUCAGAGCUGAGCUUGGAUUACCACCUGAACCUAAAACUGCUUCAGAAACGGCAAAUAUGAGAAAAGCCGAAUUGGCAGGAAUUAUAACACCAUUAGAAGGGAAAAGUCCUGAAGAAAAAGAAAAAGUUUUUAAAUCCUUAACAGCGGCGGGCAUACCUCUUCCGGAUGGUAGGACCCUAUCUGAAAAGAAAUUAGUAGAAAAAGUAAAGGCCGAUGCAGCAAUGCCCGUAGGUAUGCCAUCUGAAAAAAAUAAAAAAACCAGAGCUAAAGAUCUUGUCACUCCUCUUGCAGGAAAAAGCCUAGAACUAAAAGAAACAAAUUCUGAUAGAAUAUAUAUUGAUAAUGUUCGUGCUCAAUUUGGUUUACCACCUAAGCCAACAACUCCUGAAUUAAAAGGCAGUUAUGCUACACUAGGACUUUUGGAGCCGUUAGUAGAAAAAAUGUUACAAGGUUUACAUAGCUUAGGCAUACUAAUACCAGAGGUACGCACCGCACCCGAAAAAUCUUUUAUCUGUAAAAUAGCAAAAAGUGCUCAAAAAGUCUCACUAACGGAUAAACAGCGCUUGGAACUAUCGUCGAGGCCGGGAACGCCUCUCGAAGAAAAAGCACUUACACAAAAAGAAAAGAUAUUAAAAAGACUGGCUUUACAAGGCACUUCACUACCGGAAGGCAAAACCUCAUUUGAAAAAAAACUUAUUGAUAUGAUACUCGUUGAACUUGGCGUACAUUCUGAACGAAAAGCACAAGCACUUAGAGACAAGUAUGACAAAGCACCUCAUGCCGGAUCUUUUCAGCCAUUAGAAACCAAGACUUCUAAAGAAAAAAAAAACAAAAGGCUAACAGAUAAGGGGAUCUCUAUUCCUAAAAUUGAAGGAAAACCAGCACCAUCUAUUACAACCGUCAAAAUAAAAAAAGCUAAGGCUGCUGGAUUUCUAACACAUCUUACGGGAAAAUGUCUAGAGCAGAAAGAAAACAUACUAAAAGGAUUACCUAAAACUGGCCUGCCACUUCCUCAAGGGAGGACUCCAUCAGAAAAAGUAUUAAUAAUAAAAAUAAGGAAUGAAUUGAAAAGACCCGACAGUGGUCCUGAAAAACAGUAUUGUGUUAAAGCCGGUAGUCUCUUGAUGCCUCUACAGGUUAAAACAAGAGUACAAAAAGAUAAAAAUCUUAGAGGUAGAUCGGCUGCUGGAAAACCUUUACUGAUUGGCAAAUCACCAUCAGACACAGCUCUAAUACAAAAGAUUAAAGAUGACACUGGUUAUAUGACACCAUCUCCAUCAGACAUGUAUUUACGCAUGGCAGAAGCUGCUGACUUAAUAACUCCGGUUAAACAGAAAAGUCGUUCGAUGAAAGAAGAAAUAUCUAAAGACAUGUUGACUCAAAUUCCAAAAGAUAAUACACCGUCCGAGAAAGAUAUAAUAAAAAUUCUGAGAGCUGAAUAUCCGAAAACAACACAGAAACAGAAACGUGCUAGAGCUGCAAAUACUUGGACAACUUUGCAAGGCAAAACUCCAGAACAAAAAAGAAAAAUACUCAAAACAUUAAUUAAAUCAAGGCUCCCGUUACCAGAACCCACAACUGAAUCGGAAAAAGAUUUAAUAGACCAAAUUAGAAAGGGAACUGGACUUCACACUGAACCUAAAACUAUUUCUACGAAAAAAUAUAAGAAAGCUCAAGCUGCUGACAUAUUACAACGACUAUAUCAUGAUGCUGGAAUACCCUUACCUAAAGGACAAAAACCUUCGGAGGAGUCAAUGAUUGGAAAAAUUCAAGCUGAACCAGCACAGAAAACGAUAUCAGAGCGAUCAAAAACAGAGAAAGAAUCUGCACUGUCUUCACCACACGAGAGAAAGAUACUGGCUCAAAAGGAAAAGAUGAGAAUUGCUAAAGAUGAGGGUGAUACAAACGGCCCAAAGAAAACGAAUUCAGAAAAAUUUAAAAGUGCUAAAGCCGAAGGCCUUUUAUCACCGUUGGCUAGAAAAAUACUAGAUGAGAAGGAAAAAGUAAUUACAGAAUUGGUAAAGCAUGACUUAUACAUUCCCGAAGUAAAAACAGCUUCAGAUAAAAAAAUUGCAUCAAAAGGAAGUAAGAUCCGUAAGGAACUUUCUUUAAGUCCAGUGCCACAAAAUCUAUUGAUGAAAAAGAGUCAAAAAAAUGCCACGACAUGUUUGUCUCCUCCUAUAAAAGGGGAUGUGCUAAAAUCACAAGCAUGUAUGGGUAUAUCUUUGUCAGAGGGAAAAACGCCAUCAGAGAAAGCAUUAAUUGCAAAAGCAAAAGCUAAAACACAACGUCCAAAAGUCACAAAUUCAGAAAAAAAUAAAGGUGCUAAAACAGCAGAUCUAUUAUCACCGUUCGCUGGAAAAAUAGCAGAGAAAAAGAAAAAUUGUAAUAGAGGAUUGGCAGAGCAUGACUUACCGCUUCCCGAAGCAAAAACACCUUCGGGAAAAAAAUCGUCAUCAAAAAUACGUAAGGAACUUGGCUUAUCUCCAGGACCAAAAUCUCCACCGAUGAAGGAGAGGCUGCCAAAAGCCGCUGCCAAUGGAAUAAGUAGUCCUUUAGAAAGUUUGUCACUGGCCGAGAAAAAACGCAUUGUAACAGCCCGGACAGAUUAUGGUAUGAUUUUAGAUGAAAGAAAGAUUGUUUCGGAAAAAUUAUCGGCAAAAAUAUCACCCGAGAAAUUAAAGAAAGCAAAAGCUGCGGGUCUACUUACGCCACUAGAAGGUAAAACGCUGGCGCACAAGGAAAGGAUACUCAGAGGUCUUGCUGAAGCUCGUCUACCUUUGCCGGAUGGUAAAACAUAUUUUGAAAAAUCUCUUAUUAACAAAGUGCGAACUGAGCUCGGACUGCCUCCACUUGCAAAGACGCCAUCAGAAGUAGCUUUAAUACUUAAGGCAAAAGCAGACGGAUUAUUCACACCGCUUACUGGAAAAACGUCUGCUCAGAAGGAGAAAAUACUUCAAGGACUCGCUGCAGCAGGAAUGCCAUUACCUCUAGGUAAAACACCAUCCGAAAAAAAAGUUCUUAAGAAAAUAAGGGUAGUAGCUGGAUUGCCGCCUUUUCCAACUCCGUCAGAAAGAUUAGGAAUGAUAAGAAAGAAAGAUAAAAGACUUGUCGUUACAUCAGGAAAACUUGGCAAAGACAAUGGAAUUUCAGACGAAGAAUUCAAAGAAACUAUUCAUAUUAAAACUACUUGUGACCGAGGUUGUGGCUGCGAUAAAAAGAAAAUCAGAUUUAAAGAUAGUUUUGUUAGAAUCCGAGGUUCGACCCCGAAUAAUUCUUACACAUGCCCUUGUCCUGAGAAACGUAUUCCAGGAGUUAAAAGAAGAUCGUACGUCGACAAUGUAGGCGCUAGGGUUACGCUGGAGUCUGCUGAUAUCCACAGUAAACAUUCAAAGAUUGAAAAAUACAAUGAAAGUAAAAUGAAACCAGUUCAAAUUAAAAAAGAAGAAAAAAUGCGAAGUAAUAAAUACAAAAUGCAAAACCACAAAAUGUAUGACAUCAAUGAUGAUAUUGGUUGUACGUUAAACACCACAAGUUCUGACGAAAGCCUUAAUAUAGUAUCAGCAAUCGGUACACCUUACAUUGAUUCGGAAAAUGAUUUACACUACUAUUCACCACCUUAUGAGAGAUGGGCCUGUGAAUCCAAAAGAUUCGUUGACCCGACAUGUAUUUUUUGUGACCCUUUGAGUAAACUUUGUAACGAGCCCGUUUCAAAGAAUUAUAUGGUAGCGGAUAAUCCUUACCACGGCAGUCCUUAUUCAAUUUUUGUUGUAAAAAGUGAAAGAUCAGUAAGCUUAACUAAGAGCUCUUCCGAGAGUAUGGAUACGAUUAGUGUGAUGUCGUAUGCAAGCAGUAGUGUCUCGUCUAAUUCUGAGCAUUAUUUCGAUUACCAGCUGUCCAACGAACUUUUUAGCAAUAGCUCCUUUGAAACCUCCGACUGCUCUGCAAACAGCCUUUCCUACGAUGUCGAUGGGACACUAAGAAGUGAUUGACAAUUUACAAGAAAAAAUCAGAAAAUAAUUCAAAAUAAAAGAGUUAUAAAACAGGCAUAAACCAAAAGAAUAGCACGUGUUUAGUAUGGAUCAAACACAAGCAAAUACAAUGUGUGAAAAAAAGGAAAUAAGUACACUAAAGAGUAAAAAUGGCGAACCAGUAGUAGUAAUAAACCACCUAAAUAGCGAUCGAGAUAUAACAAAUAUGGUUGAUCGACUUUUGUCAAGGAGUGAAUUUUCUGAUGCCUCGUCAAUAUUUGUUGUUGUACCAUCCGAUGAUAAUGAAGCAGAUAACUCGUCUGAUGGUCGCAAUUCUACUAUUUGCGUACAAAUGAGUGCAAAUCCUA